AUGUUCCGGCGCCCCCCGCGGAACUUCCGCGCACGGCGGCGUGCGGCGUUUAGCGAUGGCAGCGACGAGGAGGAGCAGGAGCUGCCGCCGCCGCCUGUCCCCGGCAGCGACUCGGAGCAGGGAGCGGAGUCUGAGGAGGAGCCCGGCCCGUCACCGCCGCGGGAGCCGCCGGGCAGCCCCGCGGGCCAAGGCGGAGAGGCGGCCGGGGCGCGAGGGCCGCGCCUCGCCGGGAGGGCUUUGCUCAGCUUCGGCGGCGAGGAGGAGCGGGAAGAUGAUGAAGAGCUCUUCAAAAUUAAAAAGCCAUCCUUCAGUGAAGUGACUUUCAGGAUUCAAAAGAAGGAAAGUCUGCCGUCCCCAGAGAGAGAAAUUGAGGAAAGCAAAAAAGCUGAUGACACUGAAGUUCCUCCCGAAGAAGAGGAGGAAGAUGAGACUCAUUCUUCCCUUAGCGAGGAUGGCAACAACAGCUCAGACUCAGAAAGCAAUAUCCCUGAUGCAGGUAGCAUUGAGGCUGCUCGAAGGAAGSGUCACUUAGCCAGGACCCAAGCUGAUUAUCUGCCCUUGCAUGUUUUGAACAAUCAACAUGUGUCUCAGCGAAGAGCAAGCUCUGAUUUAGAGAGCGAAGAUGACACUGAUAUGCAUCAUCUCAAUUUUGCUCCUAAAGCAAGAACUCUUAGACAGAGGAUGGCUGAACACCUAGUGUCUGUGGAUGAUGGAUCAAGUGAAGAUGAAAUGCAAAUCAGGUGGGAAGAGCARCAGAUAAAGAAAGCUGUCAAACUUUCUCAGGGUACUUACGAUGAAGCUUCUCUGCAUAAAUCUAAACCAGCCAAACCAAGGUUUGAUCCUUCUGUUUCUCUGCCUCCUGUGACCUUGGACAUUGUAAAGAAGCGACUGACUGAAAGGAUAACAUCAUUGCAGGAUGUGCACCGUGCCCACCAGAGAGAGUAUGAAAAAUACAUGGAGGAUGUUGAAAGUUCGAAGGUGUCUGUCCAGGAAUUAGAGAAGUCUUCAAAUGCGUCCCUGAAUUACAAAUUCUAUCRGGCUAUGAAAACAUAUGUAGAAAACUUGAUAAACUGUUUGAAUGAAAAGCUGGAAUACAUUAAUGAGGUAGAGCUGGCUAUGCACGUACUUCUUCAGCAGCGAGCCAGAGCACUACUGAAACGAAGGCACGAUGAGCUGAGAAAUGAAUCUGCUUAUAUUCAGCAUCUGUCAAACAGUAAUGACAAACCAACAAAUGGCAAGUUAGAAGAUGCUAAAGAGACUCAGCUUCUGCAAACGUGUGAACACCGAAGGACUUGCAGACAGCAAGUGAGAGUGUCUUUGGGAAAAGUUGAUCACCAUGAAGGUAUGUCCAGUGAUGAUGAGUUCCCUCCACCAGAGAUGACUGAGUUCCAGAAAAGAAAAGAUGAUAUUUUAGAGGAUAGUAGGAAAAUCUUUGAAGAUGUUCGUGCAGAUUUUUCUGACGUCGGGCAAAUCCUGUUGAAAUUCCAGGAAUGGAAAGAGAAGUGUCCCGACUCCUACUGUGAUGCUUACAUCAGCUUAUGCCUACCAAAGCUUUUAAAUCCACUAAUCAGAGCUCAGUUAAUAAGCUGGAAUCCUCUCGAGCAGAAUUUCAUGGAGUUGGAAGAGAUGCCCUGGUUCAGAGCUGUAGAAGAAUUCAGUGAUGCUAAAAAUCUGUCUGAAUCAAAAGGUGAUGAUGAUCCUGAUCAGACAGUCUUGCCUAGAGUGAUUGAAAAAACAAUUCUUCCAAAAAUUACAGGGUUUAUAAGGAAUGUCUGGGAUCCUUUAUCUACUGCACAGACCAAGAACCUUGUACAGCUUUGCAGUAGCAUCUUUGAGAAGCAAGUUUCCUCCAAAAACGAACGCAGUCAAGCAAAAGAGGACUUGAUAAAUGCAGUUGUCCUAAGAAUGAAGAAGUCUGUAGAGGAAGAUGUCUUUAUUCCUCUGUAUCCUAAAAGUGCAGUGGAAGACAAAUUAUCUCCAUGUUCAAAAUUCCAAGAAAGACGGUUUUGGUCAGCUGUUAAGCUGCUCUCCAAUAUUCUUCUGUGGGAUGGAAUUGUACCAGAAGAUACAGUCUGUGAUUUAGGACUGAGCAAGUUGCUGAAUCGUUACCUCCUUCUGAACCUCUUAAACACACCGCCGGGGCCAGAUAACACAGAAAAAUGUAAUAAGGUGGUGUCUUGCCUCCCACAAAGAUGGUUCCAGAAUCUUAAAAGCRGAUCAACUCUUCCCCAGCUAACGAACUUCAGCCAGCAUUUGUUGCAGUGCGCUCGCACACUGCACAAGAAUAACCUCAGGGAUGAAACAAAAGAUGUUGUUGUUCUGUUGGUUAAAGUCAAUGCUCUGCAUAUUGUCGAAGACUUUAUUGAAGAGUACAAACUUGAGCACCUUAAAUCCAUGAUUGGAAAAUAAUUUUUUUUUUUUUAAAGAAAACAAUACUUAGAUUAUCRAAGCAAGCCUGGUGUUCAUGCUAAGGUAGUUAAUAUUCAAUUUAAUUGAUGGACCCUGCCUCAAAGAUCUGUUGGGGAGCAGUUGGCUUCACCUUUCUGUUGUUAAAUGCACUAGCAGUUUUUACCAGGUUUGUCUUCAUCUGGCUCAUGAGUUAAAGGAGCCCUUAUGGGGAGUUUAAAGCCCUCUGAAAUGUAUGGAAGUGCUUUAUUGCUUUUAUCCUUUUGGAAGGAUUACAGGAAACAUYGGAGUAUCUGUGAAGUUAAUCAUUGUAUUGUGAAUGAGCUGACAACUUCAGAAGGUAUUUCCAAAAUAUUGCUGCAUACUACUUUUUUUUGUCUCAGCAAUCAUUGGGUUCUAACUUGUCCACAGAGAUUUUAGUCGUUUUGGUGGGGUCAUCAUGAAACUGUCUUUGGUGGGGGGGGAAAAAAGAAUGGAUAAAGAUACAGGGAUUUUGACCCUGAAUAAUAAACUUGGGGAACCAAAGACCAGUGAUUUAGCAUUUGUGCUUCCCUCGGUGUGCAAAUAGGGAAUUUCACAGGUGAAUUCUGAAGUAAGAAGUUASCCCGGAGAAGGUCUGGGGAAGACCUAAUGUAUGAGCUGAAGUGAAGAUCACAUCCCAAGUCCCUUGGAUGGAGUCUUGUGCUAAGGACUCUUAGCACAGGCUGGACUUCUGUGCACAUGCCUGGGCUACCGCAUCAUGUUUUACCAGGCUUGCAGCAGCCUGGGAAUCUCUUGAGUAGGAGAAGCACAGGAACACUUCUGCAACUCAUACUCUAGGCGAGUCAUCCUUCUGCUUCCUGAAAAGAUUUGCCAAGUCCUGUUUCAUCAGAUAACACUUCAGUAUGUUUUA